AACUGAGAGACUGAGUAACAAGGAACAUUUGCUGAGUAAACAAAUAUUGUUGUUUAAACUUGGAAUCCUUAAUGUUUUUGUAUCAAUUACUGUCAUAAUCUAAAAGUCUGAUUUGGUUUACAUAGCACUGGUGAGAAUAUAAGUUAUCGAAACCCUACAAAUGGAUAGAUUUGAAUACAUAGAUGCUAGAUUAUUUGAUGGUGAAAAUUAUCUCAAACGGGAUAAAAAUGUGAAAAUAUAUGAUGGCGAUGAUAAGACUCAAUUUGUUGAUGGAGAAGUUGUACUUACUAGUCAUAGAAUUCUUUGGGGCAAACCAGGAGAUAUCCCAAAAGGAAAUGUAUGCCUAUCCCUAUAUUUGUAUUACGUUUUCUGUAUAGAGGAGGAGAGUGGAGGAGUUUUUGGUUUUGGUGGACCAAAGAGGAUUAUAUUACAUUUAGGGCCAGCUCUUCCAGGUAAGAGACCAGGUCCCGCAGUUGUAAGCUUAUACCAUUAUAUAAAACUAUCAUUCAAGGAUGGUGUGGAUGCAGUCUUUUACAAAGCACUCAGUGAUGCUGUAGCCAAAAAAGAAUGGGAAAGCCCUACGCAAUUAACAUCUUUAACCAUACUUUCACCAAACACUUCACCCAGACCUUCUAUUACUCCUGUAAAUUCGAAAAUUCGAUCUGGAAUUGUUGGUAUAGAAAGGAGUAUAGAGGAACAGCAUAGAGCUACAGAUGAGAGUAUAAACGUAGCAUUCAAGGAUCUCACAAAAUUAAUGGAGAAAGCAAAAGAAAUGGUGUCUAUAUCGAAAAAUAUUUCUUCUAAAAUUAGGGAAAAGCAAGGAGACAUAUCGGAAGAUGACACAGUCAGAUUCAAGUCUUACCUAAUGAGCUUAGGUAUAGAUGACCCUGUUACUAGAGAUGCAUUUAGGUCAGACUCCGAUUACUAUAUGAAUCUGGCCCUUCAAAUUUCCGACAUGAUGGUAGCUGUUUUAAUUGAUUGCGGUGGAAUUAUGUCGUUAGCCGAUGUUUGGUGUCGAGUCAAUAGAGCGAGAGGUUUAGAACUCGUAUCACCUGAAGAUUUACUCAAUGCCUGCAAGUUAUUAGAAAGAGUUGAUGCGCCGAUGUCCCUGCGCAAGUUUCCGAGCGGCGCCUGCGUGCUUCAACUGAACAGUCACCAAGACGAAGAAGUAGCUAAAUCUACGAGUGAACUGCUCGAAGAAGUUGGGAACUUGACUCCAGUUAAGCUGUCUCAACUAGCGAAUGUUUCCGUCCUGCUCGCACGCGAGCGCCUCUUCACCACUGAACGCCUCGGCCUCGCCUGCAGAGACGAGUCCAUUGAAGGACUUGCCUUUUACCCCAACCUGUUUCUUGAUAACAUGACGUAACUUAUAAUUAAUUAAUAUCUUGUUAAGUUGUUAAUUUAAUUCAAAGCGGAAAUUAUAAACCUGAGCCAGCUGUGCUCCAUUUUUCUAACUGUUCUUAAAUGUAUACUAAUUUUUUUUUAUUACUUUUUAGUGCAAAACCUUCCGUAUAUAAUUGUUUUUUAAUUUAAGCAAUUAAAUAAUUCUCAUUUGUAUAAUGGUGAAAGAAAACAUCGUGAAUAAAAACCUGAGAUUUAUCAAUGUUCUCAAAGGGGGGGUGCAUUCUACCAGUGCGGUUCACAGUCGCAGUCACUAUCUAAUAAUGUGUAUUACACCUUAAUCCGUUCAGGUCGGUAAUAUAUAAAAUAUAAAUAUACUACGACAAUGCACACCAUCCACCACCUAUAGGCUUACUUUGAGGC